AUGUCCUCCACAGACAAGAGCCUACACUUUUCCAACCAGUUCGUCAUCAGCUGUGGCACCGUGUCGCUUGACUUGGAAAGAUCAAAGGUUCUCCUUGUCCGCUGUCGGCGAAGAGGCGAAUGUAUGCUUCCCAAGGGUCGUAAAGACAUUGAUGAGUCCCUUGAAGAGACGGCCCUGCGAGAAACCUUUGAGGAGACUGGAAUACGAGUCCAAUUGCUUCCCGUGGAUAUCAACAGCCUGGCCACCUUGCCGUCCUCAAUCAAGACCGAGGACCGCCCGGAAGCUGUCACUGAACCUAUCGCCGUUACUCAACGCACUACACGACAAGGGAUUCUCAAGAUCAUCUUCUGGUAUGUUGCUGCAGCAGACUCUACCACUGUUCCAGAAGAGGGAACACAGCAGGAGAAUGAGGAUUUUGAUCCCGUCUGGUCGGAUUUUGACAAUGUCGGGUCCACCUUGUCCUUUGAUGAAGAUCGAAGCAUCGCCGAGGCAGCCAUCGCUGCGGUUCAGAGAGGAGUGACCCCAGCUUCUUGA